UACCGAAAACGUUUGGAUAUACGAGUUGUCAACUAACCUCAAAAGUAAAGUUUAUCUAAUCGGCUAUAUUAAGCCAUUGAGCCUCUGUUCAAGCUGUAUCAUGAAGUCACUCCGUAGAAUUCAGAAUUGUCUGCUACACAUCAGAGGAACAAGGCAGACUCAAGUUGCCAGAGUGUAUGGAGGCCAAACAAAUUCACAAUCAAAGCCCUACACUCCCCGAAGGGCAGUGAUGUAUGUCCCGGGCAAUGAUCAGAAAAAAAUUCAGAAAGUUACCUCCCUUGAUUUGGACUGUGCAGUUCUGGAUUGUGAAGAUGGUGUGGCAGCUAAUAAAAAGGAGGAAGCCCGUUCCACAAUAAGAGAAGCCCUUGACCAGUACGACUUUGGCCGCACUGAGUGUAUUGUGCGUGUGAACUCAGUCACCAGUGGACUAAUGGAGGGGGACUUGGUUGAAGUACUGAAGGCAAAGAGAAUGCCCCAUGCCCUAAUGCUGCCCAAAGUGGAGCGACCCCAGGACAUUGACAUGUUCACCAAGCGACUGAAGGAAGCAUUACAAGGGAGGUCACUCCAGACACGCCCCUUCCUGAUAACGUAUGUAGAGAGCGCCAUGGGGUUGAUGAAUCUGAGGGACGUAUUUAAGAAGACCGUUGACCUCCAGCUGAAGGAACAACUGUACGUACUGGACGGUGUUGUCUUCGGAUCUGAUGAUUAUUGCGCAGAUAUCGGAGCCACAAGAACAACUGAUGCUAAGGAAUUACUGUAUGCCAGGCAGAAAAUAGUCACAUGUGCUAAAGCCUUCAAACUACAAGCCAUUGACAUGGUACAUAUUGAUUUAAAAGACUUAGAAGGAAUUGAGAAGCAAUCCCUGGAAGGAGCAAGGAUGGGUUUCACAGGAAAGCAGGUCAUUCACCCCUCCCAUGUCCCCAUUGUCCAGAGAGCCUUCUCCCCUACAGAAGAUCAAGUGGCAUGGGCCACAGAGCUUGUGGAGGCAUUCAGUAAACAUACAGAAUCGGGAAAGGGUGCUUUUACAUUCAAAGGAAAGAUGAUAGACAUGCCAUCUGUCUUACAAGCAAAAAAUAUUUUACAACUAUCAGCUAAUAUUGGAUCAAAGGCACCCUGACACGUGAUUAGUUUAAAAAGCUGUGACCUUUGAUUAACCCUGAAGUACCAACUAACUGCUUUCAGAUUGAUUGUUCUCUGCCGUGAUGCCCAGUUUACCAUGAAUGAAAAAUUCAACAGUUUUCUUUAAUCAUCAUUUGAUUGGACAGGUCAUCUUGCACAUACAUAUUAUUUUGUAUGAACAUAUACAUAUAAUUUGUAUAUGUUAGUUAUGUAGCAGAUCAGUUUUGAACGUUUCAUAGAUGUACAGUCAAACUUUAUUACCCCAAACUUGAUGUGGCCAAGAAAAAAAAACUUUAAAAUAUCCAUGGACUCAAGAUUUUGAGAUAACAAUACAUUUUAAAAGUAGUUGGGAAUUCAGAGUCACUUCAACAUAAGUAAUAUCCAUGGUAUUCAAGAUACCAUAGUUUGACAACAGAAUGUCUGUUGUAACAAAUGGUGAGAUUAUUAUAUGUCAGUCUUACAUGUAAGUAUUGAUAUUACUCAACCUUUUCUGUCUAUCAGCAAGAUUUCUUAAACACCCAGGUAGAUGUUAAGGUGAACUAUGUUUUAAAAAAAAACAAUGCUCUGUUUGUGCAUAAUAAUAGUCCACAUUUCAACAUGGACAAAGAGAAGUUUUAGACAGAGACUUUGGUCAUUGGGGUUGGUAGAGGUGUAUACAUGUAAUAUACUCAGCUGGUUCUGUAUUGGAUUCUCUUAUUUUACAUGUACAUAAUUAUAUCCAUAUAUAAUACUCUGAUGUUUGAAAGAAAAUUUUUAGUCUUUUUCAAAUUGAUCAAUUCUAAGGACAAGGAACAUGAAAAAGAGAAGUACUUAUUUUAAAAAUGAUUCUCUGAGUCUACUGACAAACAUUUUACAUGUGCUUAAAAUUAUUUAAUAAUGUUAGAGUAAAAUCUUCCCUCCGUUU